AUGUCUGAAAAAUAUAAGCUUUCUUAUUACUUCUCAAAAAAAUCAGUAUCUUCUUCACGUGAUAUAUGGAAUAUAAAUCAUCCUACCACCACAAAUACAACUAUUAUCAAUACAAACGAAUUAAUAGUAUUGAAUGAACUUGAUGAUCGAUUAUCAACAUCAUUAUCUUCGUCAACCAGUACUUGUUUUGAACUUGAAAAUCAAGAUAAUGAAAAUUUAACUCUCAAAGAAAAUGAAUUUACAACAACAAGAAGAACAACAACAGAUAAUCAUGAAUUAUUAGCUGAAUGUUCACAAAUGAAUUCAUUUAAACGUGAUCCAGGUCGAGGUCCACAAGCAGCUAAAGAAUUUUUAUUAUUAGGUCCUUAUCAACCUAUUACUACUUUUCCAACAAUUAAUCAUCGACAUUUUUGUUCUAGUUGGUAUAAGAUUUAUCCAUGGAUUGAAUUUAGUGAUAUGACUAAAAAAGCUUAUUGUUUUGUUUGUCGACUUGCUUAUUCAUCUGGACGCUGUGAUGAUGCAUAUAUCAAGAAUGGUUUUAAUACUUGGUCAAUGGCUAUUCAAAAGUUUAAUAAACAUCAAUCAACUUUAUCACAUAAACAAGCUAAUGAUUCAUAUAUAAAUGCUGUUCGAAAUCUUACAGAUAAUACUGAUAUAAUUCGAUCAAUCAUUUUUCUUGCUAAACAAGGAUUACCUUUUAGGGGUCAUCGUGAAGAUGAUGAAUCAAAAAAUAAAGGUAAUUUAUUGAGACUAGACUUAGAAACGAUAAUUCAAUCAUGUUCAUGUACAAUAUUUACACAUAUAACGUCCUUUGUUUUAGGCAAUCUUUUGGAGUUACUCGAAUUUCGAAGUUUAGAAAAUGAAUUAAUUAAAAAGAAAUUAAAAACAUUAAAAUAUACACAUCAUUCAAUACAGAAUGAAUUAUUAUCUUUAAUACAACAACAUAUAAUUUCUCAAAUUGUAUCUGAAAUAAAAACUUGCAAGUAUUAUUCAGUUAUGAUAGAUGAAACUACUGAUAUUACACGGCAUCAGCAAGUUUCCUUAGUAAUACGUUAUACUGACGAUCAGUUCAAUGUUUAUGAACGUUUUCUUGGUUUUGAACGAGCUUCUGACACAACUGGAUUAGGUUUAUUCAAUUUAUUAAUAGAAUGGUUAAAUAAACUUGGUUUAGAUAUCAAAAAUAUAGUAGGUCAAGGUUUUGAUGGAGCAAGUUCAAUGACCGGUGAAUAUAAGGGUGUUGCUAGUCGUCUUAUACAAGUUUCACCAACAGCUUUAUAUGUACAUUGUAACGGGCACGUUCUAAACUUGUGUUUAGUAGAUGUUGCAGAAGCUGUUGUACAUAUUCGAAACAAUUUUGGUGUCGUUAAAUCAUUAUAUAAUUUAAUUGAAGCAUCACCAAAACGACAUAAAGUAUUUGAAGAUUUGCAAAAAGAAUCUGGUAUUAUAUCCAUAUCAUUAAAACAAUUAUCAGAUACUCGGUGGGCUUGUCGAUAUGAAAGUUUGAAAGUUAUUUCUAGUCGUUAUUUAGAAAUAUUAAAUACAUUGGAAAAACUUGAAACUAGUGAUUCAUAUAUAUUAUUACAUGUAAUAAAAACUUUUGAUUUUGUUUUUCAUAUUUAUAUGAUGACUGAAAUAUACAUGAUUACACAAAUAUUAUCAAAAUUCUUACAACGUUCAAAUAUUACUUUAACUGAUGCAUUAGCACAAGUUAAAAUUACAAUUGAUACACUUGAAUCAUUAAGAAAUGAAGAUGAAUUUGAAAGAAUUUGGCAUGAAUCAAUGAAAAUUUGUAUGAUUAACAAUAUUGAUGAACCUCAUGAACGUCGUAAACGAAAAUUUCCAUUAAAAUUAGGUGGUAGUGAUGUUAAUUCAAGUAAUUUAACAAUAAAAGAUGAAUAUCGAGUUAAUUCGUUUUAUGCAGUGUUGGAUGAAAUUGUAACAUCUAUUAAAGAUAGAUUUGAUAAAAACUAUUUAUCUAUAGUUGUUUUAUGUGAAAAAUUAUUCUUAACAAAAGUAUUAUUAAGUAAUGAUGAAUUAAAAGAAAUUGCUUGCUUUUACAAUAUGAAUUAUGAUGAUUUAAGGGCUGAACAGCGAUUAUACAAAACAGCACUUGAUGAAAAAAAAGAUUGGAGUUUAGCAGCAUCAACAAAGUUCUUUAUUCAACAUAAUUUCCAUUUAUCACUUUCAACAAUGGCUGAAUUAUUAAAAAUUAUGUGGACAAUACCUGUUAAUGUAUGUGGUUGUGAACGAAGCUUUUCAUCGUUACGGAGAAUAAAAACAUACAUUAGAAAUACAACUGGACAAGAACGAUUAACAUGUUUAGCAUUAAUAAAUAUAGAACGAGAUUAUGAAGUUGAUAUUGAUGCUAUAGUAGUUGAUUUUGUAUCAAAAAAAGAUGAAAGAAAAAAAGUUUUUUGA